CGACAAUGCAUUGCCUGUGGGGAAAAUAAAAAUAAUAAGAAAUAUAUUCAUGUUCAUUUUCAUCUCGUGGCUGCCCUCAUCGUCGUUAGCCUGGCUCCGUACAUACGAAUAGGUCCAAAUGCCUUGCCCGCUGCAGAGUUCGCUGUUUAUCGUGCAACAGCAAUUCUAGAAUUGUGAAUUCGGAAUGAUGUGUUGGGCUAAUGACGAGGGACGAGAGGGAAAUACAACCGUUUUACAUCCUUUGCAAUCCCCGAUCCAGGACAACUUGAGACCUCCAUCGCUCUCCGUUUUCUGCGCCCGAGAUAUCAAAAAGCCGAAAACCUGAUCGUGCUCUGCUGAACUGGUGAUGUCCUCUGAUGCUUUGCUUAUCAGGACAUAAAAAAGGCAUAUGACAUCGCACACUUUUAUACCAGAUGCGAUGCCUCAAGCUCAAGCUCCCUCCGUGGCUUGUGAUCCAGAAUCACUCGAAACCAUGGUAGACGGAUAUAUGGCACUCGGGAUCUACCACAUAUCGGGAUCAGGGACCUCCACCUUGAAAAUACCUCCAAUGCCGAUAGUCCUAAUCGGGGAAUACACGUUGUGUUUGCCGGCUUGUUUGGAUAGCGAGGGUCAGAUCAGCUCUAUGAUAGCCACACCCCUAUCAUGUUUACCUUCCUUCAAUGGCGACCCUCUCAUCUCUCAUCUGCAUUGGGAAGAGAGUUAUAUCAAAUGGCAGGCGUCCUCCGUGCAACUAAGAUGCCCGACACCUAUUCCUCGCAAAUGGACUGGUAAUCAGGUGAGCCCCGAAGGGUUUGCGGGCAUUUAUUUCUUCAUCGCAAGACGUAAUUCCCCCGUUUCCACUCUAAGAACACGUAACCCACGUCCUCUCUCUAUUCGCAUCAUUGUUACCAAUAUUGAUCAACUUUGGAAGCAUUGGCGCCACAUGAAUGUUGAUAGUCGAGCUUUCUUUACCCCUUUUUGGUAUCCAGUUGGAACCCAAUUUUUUCGCCGUCACCAGCAAAUCCAAGUGUAACGAUGUAACAAUUGAGAAGUCUGCAACCUUCUUAAUCACCAA